UGUUUGUCAGUUGUUGGUGAAUUCGGCAGAAUCGCUGUGGAGUUUCUGAAAAAAGGCUCGAAUCCUAAAAUAUAUGAGGGAGCUGCACGGAAGCUGAAUGUGUCGUCAGAGAGCGUGCAGCACGGCGUGGAGGGCCUGAUGUAUCUCCUCACCGAGAGCUCCAAGCUAACGAUCUCGGAGGUGGAUUUCCAGGACUCUGUGCUGGUGCUGGGAUUCUCAGAGGAGCUCAAUGCACUUCUGCUCCAGCUGUAUUUAGAGAACAGGAAGGAGGUCCGACAGAUCCUCAGCAAACUCGCCCCCAGCCUCCCACAUUACCACAACCUGGAGUGGAGGCUCGAUGUGCAGUUGGCGAGCCGGGCGCUCCGGCACCAGGUGAAGCCCACCGUGACGCUGAAGCUCCACCUGGAGGAUGGUGCGAAGCGCAGCGCCCGCGUCCUGCAGACGGAUCCCGCCACGCUGCAGCAUCUCAUUGACGAGCUGGAGCGAGCGCUCGCCGAGCUCAAGAGCAGCCACUGCCGCCGCAUCCUCCGCAACAUCAAAUAGAGCCGCAGCACUGAUCAACGGCUCGCUUGAUCGCUUAAACCACUGAUGUUCCUCAGAGACCAGUCAAUGCAGAGUUCAUCUUUCAUUUGUGCCAUAAGUAUUAACUGGUGCCUUUGCUUUGUAUUAAACACAUAGUUCACCCUAAAAUGAAAAUGAUGCCGUCGUUUACUCCCCUUCAUGUCAUUCCAAACCUGUAUGAGUUUUGAUAUUUUGAAGAAUGUUGGAAACCAAGUAGUUUUGGGUCCCUUUGACUUCGAUAGCCAUACAAUGGAAGUCAGUGAGACACAAAACGGUUUGGUUCUUCAGGGUAUCUUGAUAAUAUAAGAUGUUCAAUGUAAGAUAUUUUGAUGAAUGUUUGUAACCAAACAGUUUCAGGUUCUAUUGACUUCCGCAAAAUUUUUUGGUCAUAUUAUGGAAGUGAAUGGGACCUGAAACUGUUCAAGCCGAUCUCAUGGCAAUUCGCACAUUUUUUACGAGGUGACUAAUUCCCCAAUUCAUACUAAUUCGUACAACCUCACUCAUUUUAAUUUGUGUGAUUUUUGCUAAAUCGUACAUAUUUUACGUGUUUCCCAAGUGUAUGAAUUCGAACAAAU